GACAGCGUCAGAUUCUGUCUUUGCUAUAAUGAUCAUUACUAACAUUGAUCAGUGGAAGUAACUAGAUACUUUAGCGGCAUACUGCACUGUAGGGGACUUUACUUCAUAAUACAGCACUAGCAGACCAGAAUCAGCACCAUGGAAACAGAGUACUCCAAAAGAGUCUAUCAAGGGGUGCGAGUCAAACAUACAGUGAAAGAUCUUUUGGCCGAGAAACGAUCCAGACAGACCAAUGUGCCCCGAUAUAAUGGAGGAACGAGUCCUUCUCAGCCUAGCUUUGUCCAAAUGCCAGGAUCCCACAUGCUGCCUGGGUACUACGGCAUGAGGCGGCCCUUCAUGUCAGACUCGGAGUUCUGCCACCCUGGCAAGCAGUUCUCCCCCGAGGUGUACGCCUCGUCCCUGGGGAGCAAGACGCUCCCUGCUGACCCCUCCUCCGUGGCUGGCUACUCCUCUCUGAUUGACAGCUACUACCCUGAGUCCUUCGGAGACUACCGCAACACCGCUUUUCCCAGCGGAGGGGGCCCCCUCUUCCCCCCCUCGGCCCUCUCCUCCCUGCUGCCCCCCUUCUCCGGGGACUCACACUUCAUUCUGAGGGACUCGUGGGACCAGCCCGCGGCCGACAACGUGAGCCCGGGGGAGGGGCUGUGCGCCGACGGCCUGGCCAGCGUGCAGACCCCCUCCUCGGCCAGCGGGGCCGACUCCGGGAGCCCCUCGCCGUAUCGGGGGGCCGGCCGAGGCCCCGGCCUGUCCUCCACGCAGAACUACUUCCACCCCCUGGAGGAGGUGCACUACCCCAGCCCCUACGCCAGCGCCCCCAGCUACGCCUGCUCGCCGUACAUGACUCUCUCCAGCGAGCUGCCCUCCAAAAUGCCUGCGCUGUCGGGGGAGGAGUCGGAUAACGCCCCGCCCGCUCUCAGCGACCCCACGCCCUGGCAGAAGGAUGACGGCGCCAGCACGUGGUCCCCGUACGAAAUCCGGAGGACCUACUGAGGGACUACAGCCGGUGUACGCAGCGCUAUUCUCAUCUGCUGGACAGAGCCCGGCCAUUCCUGCGCCCCCAAAGGCCGAGGCACAGGACUGUACCCCGGAACAACACAACAUAGCUAUCCUCGCGCUCCAUCCCCACGUCCCUCGCUCCAUGCCCACGUCUUUACUUUAUUGAAGGAGUCUUGCUUUUUGUUUGUUUUUUCCCUGUAGCAAUGCAACAACCACACUACUGAAGUAUAGAAGUAUUGUACAUAUAGGUAUGUAUGUGGUAGUGGGAGUUACUGCAAUUAUUUAAGGAAUGGUCUUCCAGGUGCAUUUCACAACAGGCUGUAGUCCGCCUUUCUGAUGAGCAGAACAUUAACAAAAACAUAAUUAAAUCUACUCAGAACAAACAGGAAUAAUGAAGAGCCAAAUUUACAUAUUAAUUCAGAGCUCAUACUAAAUCUGUAUAUAUGAAUGGCUUCUUAUGAGAACUACAUUGGUGUAUUUCUUUUGAAUUCUUUCCAUAAUUAAACAAUCUGAAUGUG